CUCGGCCUCUCCGCGCUCGGGAGCACCCUCCGCCACGGCUGUUCUCCAUGCGCAGCUCCCACCCGAGUCUCAGGAGCUGAAAGUCAGCUUGCAGCGGCGCCGGACCGUGGAUGGCCUUGACUGACGGCGGCUGGUGCCUGCCGAAGCGCCUUGGGGCCGCGCCUCCUGCGGACGCCAGCGACUCCGGAGCCUUUCCAGCGCGGGAGCCCUCCACGCCGCCUUCCCCCAUCUCCUCCUCUUCCUCCUGCUGCUCUCGGGGUGGGGAGCGCGGCCCCGGCGGCGCCAGCAACUGCAGGACGCCGCAGCUCGACACGGAGGCGGCGGCGGGACCCACGGCCCGCUCGCUGCUGCUCAGUCCCUACGCCUCGCAUCCCUUCGGGGCUCCCCACGGACCUUCGGCGCCGGGGAUCUCGGGUCCCGCGGGCGCCCUGUCGAGCUGGGAGGACCUACUGCUCUUCGCUGACCUCGACCAAGCCGCGACCGCCAGCAAGCUGUUGUGGUCCAGCCGCGGCGCCAAGCUGAGCCCUUUCGCGCCCGAGCAGCCGGAGGAGAUGUACCAGACCCUCGCCGCCCUCUCCAGCCAGGGGCCUGCAGCUUACGACGGCUCGCCCGGCGGCUUCGUGCACUCGGCGGCCGCCGCCGCUGCAGCCGCGGCCGCCGCGAGCUCCCCGGUCUACGUCCCCACCACGCGCGUGAGCUCCAUGCUGCCCGGCCUGCCGUACCUACAAGGGGCGGGCGGUGGGCCCGCCAAUCAUGCGGGGGGCGCAGGUGCGCACCCUGGCUGGCCCCAGGCCUCGGCCGAUAGCCCCCCGUAUGGCAGCGGAGGCGGCGCGGCGGCCGGCGGGGCGGCGGGGCCCGGCAGCGCCGGCUCAGCCGCGGCGCACGUCUCGGCGCGCUUUCCCUACUCGCCCAGUCCGCCCAUAGCCAACGGCGCGGCUCGGGACCCCGGGGGCUACGCGGCGGCCGGCGGUGGGGCCGCGGGCGGCGUGAGCGGGGGCGGCAGCGGCCUAGCGGCCAUGGGCGGCCGCGAGCACCAGUAUGGCUCGCUGUCGGCCGCGCGGCCGCUGAACGGGACGUACCACCACCAUCACCACCACCACCCGAGCGCCUACUCGCCCUACGUAGGGGCCCCGCUGACGCCCGCCUGGCCCGCCGGACCCUUCGAGACCCCGGUGCUGCACAGCCUGCAGAGCCGCGCCGGAGCCCCGCUCCCGGUGCCGCGCGGCCCCGGCACAGACCUGCUGGAGGACCUGCCCGAGAGCCGCGAGUGCGUGAACUGCGGCUCCAUCCAGACGCCGCUCUGGCGGCGCGACGGCACCGGCCACUACCUGUGCAACGCCUGCGGUCUCUACAGCAAGAUGAACGGCCUCAGCAGGCCCCUCAUCAAGCCGCAGAAGCGCGUGCCUUCCUCCCGGCGGCUUGGAUUGUCCUGUGCCAACUGUCACACCACGACCACGACUCUGUGGCGCAGAAAUGCCGAGGGCGAGCCUGUGUGCAAUGCUUGUGGACUCUACAUGAAGCUCCAUGGGGUGCCUCGACCGCUUGCUAUGAAAAAAGAGGGAAUUCAAACCAGGAAACGAAAACCUAAGAACAUGAAUAAGUCAAAAGCUUGCUCUGGUAAUAGCAAUAAUUCUGUUCCCAUGACUCCAACUUCCACCUCUUCUAACACAGAUGACUGCAGCAAAAAUGCUUCCCCCACCACACAACCGGCAGCCUCAGGGGCAGGCGGCUCGGUGAUGUCCGGUGCCGGGGACAGCACCAACCCCGAGAACAGCGAGCUGAAGUACUCAGGUCAAGACGGGCUGUACAUCGGCGUCAGCCUGGCCUCGCCGGCCGAAGUCACGUCGUCGGUGAGGCAGGAUUCCUGGUGCGCCCUGGCCCUGGCCUGAGUGGCCGUGGGGACCAGAGGAGGACGCUGCCGGCCCACGGGAUCGCCUUCACGGAUCCUCUUGGCAAGCAGUCCGGACUGGGCCGAAGAUGCUGACCAGACAUCUUCCUCUGAUACAUGAUUUCUGUGCCUUUAUUUGAAAGAGAUGAAUCUCCUGAGAGGCUUGCUCUGCCUUGCCCCUGGGGCCCUGUCUU